AUGCCUUCGACCAACGGCUCCGAAUAUCGCCAUAUGCGAAGUAACAGCCUCAACAUCCAGCAGCAGAAUGGACAUCCCAGUCCCAUCCUGAGCCCAAUGGCCUCCAACGCAUCCACCGCCUCCGCCGCCAGAUUCGAUGGCCCGCGCAGUCCACCGAAUACGUCCCACGUUCCCUGCAAAUUCUUCCGACAAGGAGCCUGUCAAGCCGGCAAUGCUUGCCCCUUCAGUCACGAUCUGGGCUCCGCCGCCGAGAACAUCUGCAAGUACUUUGCAAAGGUGCGUUAUUUCACUCCUCCGACCGGGCAGCAUCGCGACAACUACCUCAUCCUCAUGGGUCCCGCCCCUCCAUUCUGUCAGGUUGCUCUGCUCUGCCCCUCGGCUACACAGACCACCCAUCCCACCCUCGAGCCCGUGCCCCUCGCAUCCUGGCAACACCACCCGGCCUACCACAAAUCGCGCCUUGGAAACUGCAAGUUCGGUCCCAAAUGCGCCAACAUACAUGUUCUCCCCGACGGCCGACGAAUUAACUAUGGCAAGAACGGCGUUACAAUCGGCACCUCUCCGAUAGCCCUCGGCGGACGCAUCAAUCCGACCGCAGCCUCAAACUACCACCCAACUAGUGCUCUCACCUCGGGCCUAUACCGCGAAGGCGUCCCUCCCUAUACCUCGGCUUAUCCCUAUGGCGGCGACGAAAGACAACAAUCAUUGGGUCGCCAGUCCAGCCUCGACAACGGACUGCCUACGAUCGAUACUACCUACUCUCAUCCCGGCUCCAACUACGGCUCGCCUCGCGAUGACGACGCUUCUAGAUUCGGCCUCGGCCUGUCUCCCGUCAAUGGCAACGGACUGUCCGUCUUGGAUGCGCCACUUCCGGCAUCUUUUGACUCCCAAGGCAUGUCUAAUGCCGCACGAUUCCCCGCCGCGCCGUGGCCCUCGUCCGUUCCUUCAAAGUUUGGUAUCGAGUCCCCCUCGCCCUCUCUGAGCAACGCCAAAGACUCGCGAACAUCCGAAACCUUGAAGAUGCUCCACACCUCGGCAUUUGGUGGCAGCGAGUAUCUGGCAGCAGCCAACGUCACCGCUUCCAGCAGCCCUCCCGGCCAGCCCGAGGAAUACUUUGGCAAGCGAGCCAUGCAUUCGAGUCGAUACGCAAAGCCAAAAAUGCUCAGCUCGAGCAUGCCGAAGACAUCCGCCGUGGAUCACGAUUGGGAGGCCAAUUUUGGAUUCUUGGAGGAGGAUUGCGUGCCGUCCAAUUUGCAGGAUCUUUUGACGCCGACCGAGAAGGCCCGUCGCGGCUCCCUGCGCACUGUUGACGGUGAGCCGGGCAGCGAGAAUGGGACCAAGUUUGGCAGCCCUAUCGGCGGCGCGAGCCCGAGUAGGUGGGGCCCGCUAUUCCAGCGCCAGAAGGAAGAAGAGCUUGGCCACAAGCAUGGACCUUCGGUUUUUGGACAUGUUGGAAGCCCUCUCCGAAACUCAGUGCUCUCCAACGAAAUGGGCCACGGCGCUGCCAUGGCCCGACCAAUCGGCUCCCGGGCCGGCAGCGAGUCCAUGUCGGCGCUCACACAACAGCUUCAGCGCAACCGGCUGGGCGACGACGGAAGCGGUAGUCCCCAUUUGCAUCCUUUGGCGGCCACGGGCCGAGCCCCGAGCAACAACGGCGCUGGGCCCAUCGGCAAGGAACGGGACCGCACGAUGGAGCGUCAUGUCUCAAGCGGAUCCAUCAGCUCCUCUGUUACUGGACGAUACACCACACCCAUCGAUGAGGAGGAUCCGGCCUUCGUCUUCAAUAUGGAGGAAGAAGAAGAUCAGUCGUCGGCACGGGUCCGGAAGCGUGGCUCGGCCGGUUUUGGUAUCGGGGGUGGAUGGAGCUACGCCAACGCCCUGUCCAACAAAGGUGCCGCCACUGGAUCCGGCCUGGCCAAGGAGCAGCGAGAGCCCUCGGUCAGCGUUGAGACCGUUGGUGGACGCUGA